UUGUUACCAUCACUAUACCCGAUUUGAUUUCACUCAGUUGUUUUAACUUAUAACUUAUAAGUUAUUAGUGCAAAACAAGACUAAUAUUUGCGCACAAUGUUUCGCCCCGAAAAGCAUGGGCUUGAUCCCGACUUUCAACUAACCAAAUUUACGACGCACACUGGGUGAAGUUGCAAAAUCCCCCAAAAAGUACUUGAGAAGUACCUAAGGGGAACAGAACUAGCAAGUAAGAAUAAUGAUGAAUACCUUAUCGGCUCCGGAAUGGACUGUGCAGUAAUACCCUUGAACCGACACAAAGACUAUUUACUUGUACAAACUGUUGACUUUUUUUAUCCCAUGGUUAAUGAUCCGGAAUUAUUGGGACGCAUAGCACUCGCUAAUGUCCUAAGUGAUGUUUAUGCAGUUGGGUUGACGGAUUUUGAUUCGGUCGAAAUGAUCGUCAGCACAUCAACAAGCUUUACUGAAAAGGAACGAGAUGUUGUUAUUUCGCAAGUUAUAAAGGGGUUCCAAAACUCUUUAAAUUCGAAUGGCUAUCACAAAACGCCAAUUGUUAUCAGACAACUGAAGAUUAAUCCCUGGUGUAUUAUUGGUGGAAUAGCAACUUCCCUCUGUCGAAAAGGGGAACUUAUCCUCCCGUCCAACGCUCAGCCUGACGAUGUUUUGGUUCUUACAAAACCCCUGGGAGGACAAAUGGCAAUGGAUGCUCACCUUUGGCAACUUAACCAGACUCAAAAGUACAAAACACUGCUGUCCGAAUUUAGUGAUGACGAUAUCCGGCAAACUUUUGGAAUAGCAGUUAAAUCUAUGACUUAUUUAAACAAAAAUGCCGCACUUUUAAUGCACAAAUACGAAGCACAUUGUGCCACUGAUAUCACUGGAUUUGGCUUAUUGGGACAUGCCAAUAACUUAGCACAAUUCCAAAAAGAAAAAGUCUCAUUUCAAAUUAACAAGUUACCAAUUAUCAAAAAUGUACUUAAAUUUAGUUCUUUGAUUGGCCAAAGCACAAAGUUUCGUUCUGGCAGGUCAGUAGAAACCUCAGGUGGGCUCUUAAUUUGCCUUUCCCCCCAAGCAGCGGACAAGUUUUGCCGGGAUUUUGAUAAAAUUACAAUGGGAGAACAAAAGUCAUUUAAAAUUGGAAAAGUUAUAGCCUCAAACGAGAGUGGUGCGGUUCUUUGUGAUAAUGUAGAGUUCAUUGAAGUAAGCCUAUAAAUAUAAUUAAAUUGAAGAUAUUGAUUAUUCAACUAAUGAGGAAUAUUUCGUAAAGGCUUUUCGGCUUGGAAAUAUUCUGAACUUUCUUGUACACAUAAGGUGUAUAAUAAACUUGAUAAUCAAAGACGCAA